AUGGCCACACCCCGCGAGGACGACGGGAUGAGCCCCGAGAUCAGCCUAUGGGAGCCCUUCCCCUUCUACGGCCACGCCCACCGCACCCUCUACGUCAACAACAACGGGGUGGUGUCCUUCGGCGCGGGGGUCCCCGAAUUCACCCCCGAGCCCUUCCCGGUGGCCCAGCGCCCCCUGCUGGCCCCGUUCUGGGCGGACGUGGACACGACCCUCGGGGGCACCGUGUUCUAUCGGCAGAGCCGGCAGCCGGCGCUGCUGGCGCGGUUGGCGCGGGACAUCGGCACCGCCGUCCCCUCGCCGGGGCCACCGCCAACGUGGGCCUUCGUGGCCACCUGGGACCACGUGACGUUCUUCGGGGCGGCCACCAAGAAGGUCAACACCUUCCAGGCCGUUCUGGCCACCAACGGUGUCACCUCGUUCGUGAUGUUCAACUAUGGUACCAUCAGCUGGACCACGGGUAUCGCCAACCAGGGGAACCCCCACACCGGGCUGGGGGGGACCCCGGCGCAGGCCGGGUUUAACAGUGGGGACCCUGCCCACUACGCCGUCCUCCCGGGGUCGCGCUCCCCGCGCGUCCCCAACAUCGCCCGCGGCUCCAACGUCGGGGUCCCCGGGAGGUGGAUUUUCCGCGUCGAGGGCGACAUCGUCACCCCCGGACCCCCCGAUGUCCCUCCCGGUGACGUCACCCCCGAUGAUGUCACCCCCAAUGACGUCACCCAGGGUCCCCCAAACCACAGCACACAGGAGAUGGUCUAUCUGUGCCACUGACGGAGCCGCCCCCGGGACCCGUUGCCAUGGAAACUCCAAAUAAACUCCCGCCCAGCA